ACUUUCGAUAAUCGAAAUAACGCUCGAAGCUUGCACGAAACGAUACUUGUUUCGAUAGUAUACCGAAGCACCACCUGACGGAGAAAGAUAUUAACAGUACUAUCCAAAAUGGCGCUCAAGGGACAGGUUGGUCAAAAAAUUAUGAACGAGGUGAUCAAGCAGAAAAAGAAAGCAGCAGGAGGAGUAGAAUGGAGAAUCCUUGUCGUGGAUCAGCUGGCGAUGAGAAUGGUCUCGGCAUGUUGUAAGAUGCAUGAUAUCAGUGCCCAAGGGAUCACCCUAGUCGAAGAUAUCAACAAGAAACGUGAACCUUUGCCAACGAUGGAGGCUAUUUAUUUGAUAACACCAUGCAAUUCAUCUGUGCAGAAAUUGAUUGAAGAUUUCAACAACCCGACUAGAACGACCUACAAAGUCGCUCACGUUUAUUUUACCGAAGUCUGCCCGGAGGAGCUGUUCAAUGAACUCUGCAAGUCUCUCGCCGCUAAAAAGAUCAAAACCCUCAAAGAGAUCAACAUCGCUUUCCUGCCAUAUGAGUCGCAGGUCUUCUCUUUGGAUUCACGUGAAACCUUUGCCUGUUUCUACAAUCCAUCAUUCUUAAAUCUGAGAACUGCCAAUAUGGAAAGAAUUGCAGAACAAAUUGCCACGCUUUGCGCAACACUUGGAGAAUAUCCGUCCGUUAGAUAUCGAAGUGACUUUGACCGGAACGUGGAAUUGGCACAAAUGGUUCAACAGAAAUUAGAUGCUUAUAAGGCGGAUGAACCUACUAUGGGAGAAGGACCAGAGAAAGCUCGCUCUCAAUUACUUAUCUUAGAUAGAGGUUUUGAUUGUGUUUCUCCUUUGCUACAUGAAUUAACAUUACAGGCUAUGGCAUACGAUUUGUUGGAUAUAGACAAUGACGUUUAUAGAUUUGAAGCAUCUGCUGGCGUUGAAAAAGAAGUUCUUUUAGAUGAGAACGAUGAUUUAUGGGUGGAAUUAAGGCAUCAGCACAUUGCUGUAGUCUCUCAAAACGUUACCAAAAAUUUGAAGAAAUUCACUGAAUCUAAGAGAAUGCCACAGGGUGAUAAACAGAGUAUGCGAGAUCUUUCUCAAAUGAUUAAAAAGAUGCCACAGUAUCAAAAAGAAUUAAGUAAAUAUGCUACGCAUCUUCAAUUAGCAGAAGAUUGUAUGAAGCGUUAUCAAGGAAAUGUGGAUAAACUUUGUAAAGUGGAACAAGAUUUAGCUAUGGGUACAGAUGCUGAAGGUGAACGUAUAAAAGAUCACAUGAGAAAUAUAACGCCAAUUUUGCUGGAUCAAAAUGUAGAUCAUUUAGACAAAUUACGUAUCAUUGCAUUGUAUGUUAUUAGUAAAAAUGGUAUAAACGAAGAGAACCUUAAUCGUCUAGUCAAUCAUGCUCAAAUAUCUGCAGAUGAUAAACAAACUAUCGUUAACAUAGCGAAUCUUGGCAUUAACGUGGUAGUGGAUGGUAAUCGCAAAAAAUUAUACACGGUUCAACGAAAAGAGAGGAUCACGGAACAAACAUAUCAAAUGAGUCGAUGGACACCAGUGAUAAAAGAUAUUAUGGAGGACUCCAUAGAAGACAAAUUAGAAUCUAAACAUUUCCCAUUCUUAGCUGGACGUGCAGCUAGUUCGGGGUAUCAUGCACCUGCCAGUGUUAGAUACGGUCAUUGGCAUAAGGACAAAGGACAACAAACUAUCAAGAACGUCCCACGUUUAAUCGUUUUCAUUGUCGGCGGUGUUUGUUUUUCGGAAAUACGAUGCGCUUAUGAAGUAACAAAUGCUUUAAAGAAUUGGGAAGUUAUUAUCGGUUCGUCGCACAUAAUUACGCCGAAAUCAUUUCUAAACGAUCUAAGUAAACUUCAUGUCUAAACGAUUCCAUAACCGACAAUGCAAAAUACUUACUGCAUUCCUGAUCUGUCAUUCUUUGACUCUUCAUCAGUACUACCAAACAUGAAUAUGUAACUUGUGAUCUCUGUGAGGACAAAUUAUUAAUUAAAAAAGAAAAAACAAAAAGAAAUACACGGUCAAUUCCGUAGAUGAAAGUUCGUUCUAAAAUCCGUUUAGAAACGGAUCGCUAAAAAUGAUUAUGCUACGAAGAUAGAUUAUUUAUUACUUUAUUAUUGUCUAAUAGUAUUAUAUACGAUAAGUACUCUUAUAGUACUAUGAACUAAAGAAGGAGGAUUCUGAAUAGAGGUAUCACCUAGAAUCAAGUGCCUGCGUGAAGAUUAACAAUACGGGAUCACGUAAAGCAUGUUGGCAAUACUGAUGUGUAAAUGUAUAAUGGUACCUUAUUGUUAGAAAUUGUGUGUGAAUGAUUUAGCGCAAUGUUAGAAGCAAGUAAUUCGUAUAAAUAUAAAAGAAAAAAAAAAAUCGUUCACCAUUGUUAACGAGAAAGAAGAAUAACCGAAAAUGGUUCUAUGUGUUUUAGAAAAGACUUCUGAUAUAUGCAUAUAUAAUGCACGUGCUUGGUCUUAUCGAAUUAAUCUCUAUUGAUGAUCGUUUAAAUACGAUUAAGAAAAACUAAAAUCCCUUUACCGAAAAAUUACGGAUAAUAAUCGUUUGAAUGUUUACGUGAAAAAAAAAGAAAAAAGAAAAAAAAAGAAGAAAAAUUCCACGCAUUUUUAAUUAGUAUUAUCGUACCACGAUGACAUAGAUAGUUCAUUAAUCAAGCGUAUUUCGAUAAUGAAAACGUUCAUCGUUCUCUCUAUAAAGUAAGAUGUUGAAGUAUCUGUAAUUUAUGUUUCUUUUGCUUAAGCUCUAUACGAUAAAAGAAAGAAGGAAAGAAAAAAGAAGAAAAAAAGAAAAA